AAACAAGUUGUGGAGGAGCUUUCUAACGCACCUGAGGCGAUGACUGAAGAGAAGGACAGUGAUGAAAGAAAGUCUUUCAAGCUCCUGGGGAUUCUGGACGUGGGUAGGAUCCCGUGCGCCAGGGAGGCGGUGCUGCAUGGGGCCGGGGGCGCCCUGGUCGCUGGACUCGGACACUUCUUGCUCACAAGUCGAGUGAAGAGGUCCUUUGAUGUCGGGAUGGCAGGAUACAUUGUCACAACGCUGGGAUCCUGGGUCUACUGCAGGUACAACAACGCGAAGCUUCGAAUACAGCAGAGGGUCAUUCAGGACGCUUUGCAGAACAAAGUGCUUUACGAAGGAACGAAUCGCGAUCCCUCCAAAAAACUAAAUGGGAGUUCAUCCGGUGCUCCUGACUGAACUGGUUUUAUGCGGAACCGAUGCUGUGGAAUUUGACCUUCGAGAAACCUGUUCGAUGUAAACUCGUAAUUGAGCCAUUCAAGUGAUCACUUGUGUUUAUUCUCAGUUAGCAUUUGGUUGUCCAAUGUUGAUGUGGAAAUUGAAAUGUUUAUGAGAUGUUGCUCUAAUUAUGUUAAAUUUACGUGCUACUGGUGUGUUAAGAAAUUUAGGCAAAGCAGUAAAGUCUACAUUUUCUGACAAUUUGAGAACCUGGUAUAAUUUGGAAUUUGAGUAUGUGGACAGUCAGUAUCUUCAUUCAUCCACAAGGUGUCAGUGUUUACCAUAUUUUAUGUUUAUUGUUGGUAUGAGAGGGCUCAGUUCCGUAUGUACAUUUCCAUUUAACCUGUCACACAAUAGUUUACAUCUGUGAUUUUAACUAAUACCUUUCUCUAAAUUAACUUACCAUAUUAAGAUACGCACAAUUAUUUACUCAUUUACAUAGCUGGCUAAUUUUGCUAGAGCAAUUCAGGCUAAGGACAUUGCUCAAGGGCACUGCAGUGAGAUUUGAUCCUGUGGCCUCUGAGUCAAAAGGCAGCAGUGCUAAACACUACACCACCUGCUGCCCAAAAGUAGCUAAAGCACUCUCCUCAGUGAGGUUUAGCCCAGGCUGACCUAUUCCUGUUAACCCUGAGGUUAGAAUUGCAGGUUCUUAAAGCUGGAUUCCUGUCUGAUAUCUCACAAGAAACACAAAACACAGGUAAGUGUGUUAACAUUUAUUAAAAACUUGUGUUACUGUAGAUAGGUUUUGUACAAAUAGAUAACACAUUAUAAAAAGGUGUUGAGUUGUGAAUUUUGAAAAAUCAGUUUACCAAGAACUGUAGUCGCACAAAGUUUAUUCUUUAUACGAGGAAAAUGUAUCUUCCUCCUGGAGGAGGCUGUUGUGUCCCACUCAGACUGUGAGCUAAUAUCAUGGAGAAACAAUGACCAGUGAAGCGAGGCACAGAGAGCAGAAUUACUGUGUUGCUUGAUUGAUUGAAAAAGUGUUUCACAUGUAUGAACCUGAUGACAGUUUAAGUGGUUUAUACAUCUGAGUACAGAA